CGUGGAUACGACAUUGUACAGUUUGCGCAGACAUUUUUUUAUUAUCGCUAUAAUAUUAUGUUUAAUCAUGAUUUAAUAGUAUGUCCACGUUUUGUGGCGUACAAGCAGACAGCGUGACGUAUGCUCUUUAAAUCAUUUUUUUGACAAAUCUGUUCUUUGGAGAUGAAGUCUAUCUCACCAGUCGAGUUACUUUUUGGAUUUAAAAUGUAUGAUGUUGCACGAGAAAAAAAGAUGAAAAGUAAGUUAACCAGACUGCUGCUACUACAGUUGUAGACGUUGAGUGUAUUCCUUGAAACGAUUAAAUUAAUACUUGGUGAAAAUAUUAAGUAUUUACAGUUAUCUGCUGCAGUUUUUGCAUUAUAUAAUAACAAAAGAAAAAUAUCAAUGGUGUCGUAAACUGGUUUGGUUAGCACAAAACUUUCCGUUACUUCUUCUUAUCUUGCUUUUUUUUACGUUUUCUUGAUUAUUAAGGAAAGUAUUGGAAAUUUUUUACUUUUGACCCUUCUGCUCAAAAUACCAAAUAGAUCCUAUUCGGUACCAGCGAUUUCCUUCAACGUUGAAAACUUAAGUAUUAUUCUGCUUUAAAAGGCUAUGAUCAUAAAAAAAAACAUACACAUCACUGUAAAGCAAUAGAUUCGUCGCCCCACUCUAAAAAUCUUAAUCUAAAAGGAAGGUCAGCAAUAACUGGUAGAAUAAAAAAACCCGUUUUAUCUAUCAGUAUAUAACUGAGAACAAUCAUUUGCAUAUUCACAGUGAAAGUAUUGAUGUUAAAGCUGGCAAAAAAAUAAAUAAAUAAAGUAUGAGGAUUAGUAUAGCCGAGACGUUUAGGGAUGGAGUGGUUUUCAUCACUGGUAGUACGGGAUUUCUAGGAACAAUACUUUUGGAAAAAUUAUUAAGGUCGUGUGAUGUAAAAACUAUUGCGGUUCUCGUUAGAAGUAAGAAAGGAUUGGCCGCCAGUCAAAGAGCUGUGGACAUCUAUCAACGAGCUGUAUUUGAUCGUCUUCGAUUUGAAAAACCAGACUUUGUGACCAAGAUUAAAAUAAUUGAUGGCAAUUUAGAAGAACCCUCGUUGGGGUUUUCAACUGACGAUCGUGAUUGGUUGAUAAACAAUGUGAAUUUUGUUUUUCAUUGUGCUGCUACAAUUAGAUUCAAUGAAUCUAUACAGAUGGCAACAAAAAUAAACAUUCAAGGAACAGAAAAUCUAUUAGAACUAGCAACAAUAAUGAAUAAUCUUAAGGGUUUUGUGCAUGUAUCAACCGCUUACUCACACUGUCCAAGAAGUGAAAUUAAAGAACAAUUUUAUCCCGUUUCAAUAUCAGCUAAAGAAUUAAAAAAAUUAAUUAAACGAGAUGAAAACAUUCAGAACUUUGGAGCUGAUUGGCCAAAUACAUACACUUUCACUAAAGCGCUUACAGAAAAUGAUAUUUUGACGUAUGAAAAUCAAUUGCCAAUUUCAAUAUUUCGUCCAUCAAUUAUAGGGUGUACACAAUCCGAACCGGAACCAGGUUGGUUAGAUAAUAUUAAUGGAGCAUCUGGUAUAAUUACUCCCUUAAUCGUCGGAAUUUUAAGAACAAUUCAAUUAUCUAGGAAUAAAAAAACUGAUAUUGUCCCAGUCGAUUACACUACAAAUGCACUUAUUAGUGUAAUGUGGAGUACAGUAAACAGGUAUAAAUAUAGUGACGAAAAAAACAAGGAACCGAAAAUUUAUAAUUACGUGUCAAGUGCUGAUAGCCCAAUACAUUGGGACAAGAUCAUAAACUAUACGUUUGAAGCUUACCAUCAGGCCCCUCCGUUGGAAACGAUGUGGUAUAUAUUUUGUAUAUUUUCCGACAGUCGAUGGCUCGUUUAUAUUUUAAGAUUUUUAUUGCAUCGGAUACCUGGUGCGUUCAUAGAUUUUUCAUUCAUUAUACGUGGCAAAAAUCCAAAAAUGUUGAAAAUGUAUAAGAAAUUAGAAAGUAUGACUGAUUUGUUAAAAGUGUUUACCACGAGUGAAUGGAAAUUUGACAACGGCAAUACACGAGAAUUAUGGUCGUUACUGAGUCAAGAAGAUCGUAAGACAUUUCGGUUCGGUUUCGAAGAAUUUGAUUGGAAGUCUUAUAUAAAGUACACUGUUUACGGGAUUAGGAAACACAUUUUACACGAAGACUUAAGUAACUUGCCUAAAGCGUUGUCGAAAAAUCAAAAGUUAUUCUGGUUGCAUGUGUUGUGCAUUUUUCUCAUUGUUUACAUCGUAUUUCAAGUAUGUUGGAUGUUUGUGUGUCGGAACUCAUAAAGUCAUAACCUUUGCACCAUUAUUAAAUUUAAUAUUAAAUAACAAAAAUGUACCUAACGCCUAUUAUUAAUUUGUUUUGAAAUUAAUUGAGCAGAAAUUAUAAUUUAACAAGUAUGGCUACAAGCUAAAUUAUUAUUGUGUUCUGUAAUAAUUUAUUUUUUAUUAGAUUUUAUUUAUUUAUUUAUUUAUAUAUUUUUUUUCUGUAUUUUUUUUCUGAAAUAAAGUUAUUAUAAUAUCAUGUA